CGUACGGGAAGUCGGAUGGGAAAAUCAGCUGGAAUCCGCGGAAACCACCAACAGGAAUAUUUCCCUUUACAAAGCUAGCUCUCCAUCUGUCAAAUAGUUUUCCUCUCGUUCCUCCUGUGAAGUGUCAGAGCGCCAGGGUGGUGAUGUCGGAGUCAUAUGAUUUCCUGUUUAAAUUCCUGGUGAUUGGGAAUGCCGGAACAGGCAAAUCCUGUCUACUGCACCAGUUCAUUGAGAAGAGAUUCAAAGAUGAAUCCAACCACACGAUUGGAGUCGAGUUUGGCUCCAAGAUUAUCAAUGUGGUCAACAAGAUGGUCAAACUGCAGAUUUGGGACACUGCAGGACAAGAGAGGUUCAGGUCUGUGACCAGGAGUUACUACAGAGGAGCAGCAGGAGCCCUGCUGGUCUAUGACAUCACCAGCAGAGAGACGUACAACGCCCUGACCACAUGGCUCAGCGAUGCCCGGAUGCUUGCCAGUCAGAACAUCGUCAUCAUCCUGUGCGGAAACAAGAAGGACCUGGACGCUGACAGGGAGGUCACGUUCCUGGAGGCAUCACGCUUUGCACAGGAGAAUGAGCUAAUGUUCCUGGAGACCAGCGCUUUGACAGGGGAGAAUGUGGAAGAGGCCUUUGUGCAGUGUGCUCGCAAAAUCCUCAACAAGAUAGAGUCAGGAGAGCUGGAUCCAGAGAGGAUGGGUUCAGGUAUCCAGUAUGGUGAUGCUGCGUUACGACAGCUCCGUUCUCCUCGUCGUGCUCAGCCACAGGGUACGCAGGACUGUGGCUGCUAGUGGAGGUGCUCAGUCACAUACAUGGACAAGUGCGUUUCAGACAGGUUUGUGAAGACCAGAAGAGGGUCAGCCUCAUGGGGGGACCCAAACGAUCGUGGGCUCAGGAUGCUGUGCCGAUGACUCCUCUCUGAUCCUCGAUUUGACCUUUAACCCCAAACCUUCAGAAUCUUCAGAAACUUUUGAACCUCCCUUGUCACGGCUACACCUGCAGAGAGCCAAAAAGACUUCCUUGCCACGCCCCCUCCACAGAACUCUGAGCAAAUCCAUGGUAACCAUAUUCCACCUACCCUAUACCCUUCAUAAUUCUGCUCUAUGAUUGGACCAAACCCCCGAAAAGCCCUCCAAUCAGGAUGUGAAUUACCAACAUGUCUGUAAGAUGUUUUCAUCCUUCACUUCGUUCUGCUUACCUGCAAACAAAGUACACUUUGGUUUCUCUCUUGUCAUUACCACCAGGAAUAAUCCACAGUUUGUUUUCUUGCGUUAUCAAAUUUUACAAACAGGCUAAAUCCGUCUUUUUGUUGGAUUUAAAGGUGUCAGCAACUUAAUGUUGUAUCUGAAAGAAAACUAUGACUUUCCCCUUUAAGACAGUUUUUGAAAGGCGGUGUAGAUUUAGCCAAGUGGUUAAUUUUCUAACCCAUGUAGCAGGUGACGGGGGUCUGAUUCAAGCCUGCGGCCCCUUUCCCGUAUUUCAUUCCCCCACACUGUCUCCUUGUUUCCUGCUCUAUUCACAGUCCUGUCCUCUCUAAAUAAUGGCAUAAAAUAUCAAAAUAUAUUACUUAAAAAUAUGUUUUUAUUUAAUACAUCUUGUGCUGACUGACACCUACAUGCAGGUAUCUACCAACACAGAAAAUGUGGUUUUAAGAUAUUUUGGACAUUUCUUUAAAAGGUUUUUGACAUAUCCUGCGCUUGAAGGUUAAAACUGAUAUAACAAUUAUAUAAUAAUAAAGUUUAUCUAUAAAGCACUUAUCAAAACAGACAUUAAAAAGUGCUUUACAUCAUAAAAACCCACAAUAAAGAGAACAAAGCAUGGGGGGGGGGGGGUAUAUGGGCUGGCAAGACAAUUUAAGAGGAACAGCUGAAAAAAGAGUUAAAGAGAAACUACUAAAAGCAAUUAAACAAUUAAAAUCAGUAAAACAAAGAGUGAAUAAAAGAAAACCAUGAAUAAAAGUAGAUUAAAAAUAAAUGUAACAUCGUGGAUAAAACAAUAUCACAGGAAGGCCUUUCGAUAUAAACAUGUUUUCAGCUGUGAUUUAGAAGAAGAUGCUGAUGCAGCUAUAUGCAGACAUGUCCGUCGAUGUCCAUGGCAAGUCCCUCCCCGGGGUUUUAAAGGAAGCAUGUUCAUAUGCAGAGUUAGAAGCUAAUUGCUUCCAGCCUCUAAGCUGACCCCUAAAACACAGACAAGAGGCAUCGAUGUUAUCACCUAAUCUUGAAAAAAAAAUCACCUAACUGUUGAACUUUCCCUUUGACUGCGACAUAUUUAAAAAACCUCCCAGCAUCCCACAGUGAGCUUCUUCCUCCCUCCACCUGCACUAACAGUCUGCUACCUAUUCAUACAUUUUCACACCCUGUAUACACAAGUCACUCUUUCUUUACACUUAGCCUCUCAGUAUGCCAUGUUACUCUUCAUCAGCACACCUACCACUCCUUCAUCCUUCUUCUUCUUCUUCUUACCUGCAUUAUGAACAUCCCAGCAUCCUCUCUGUUACCUGCCUGCACCUCUGCACACCUGUUCACCUGCCUGACAAUUUGCUCAGCCCCCUCUCUCCCACUCCCCCCACAGUAUCUUACACACUGUACAGUGUUUUCUGUAUAUAGAGAGUGACGCAUGUUUUCUCAAACAGAAUAUCAGAGUAUUUCAUUAUGAAGAGAUAUAUGUAUAUUGAAGUAGAAGUCAUAUUCAACAUCUCUUUCAUGCUCCACUGUAUUAUUAUCAUGUUAAGCUACUAUACGCUGCUGAUGUGUGAGCAGUAUGGAUGAGCAGUGCUGUUUGCAGCAAUGAUGUUUAUGUGUAAAUGAGGAGAUAAUGAGGACUAUCACGUUUAUAUGACAAAAGGCUGUUCCAUCAUAUUUCAAGCUCAUAGAUUUAAAAAAAAAAAAAAAAGACAAAGGCAAACAUUCAGAGCUUACACUGGCUUUCUGUUAUAGUAUCACAUCUCUUUGAGUGUGAGAGUAACACAUCAUCAUUAUUUACACACCAAUCCUUCAGUUAAAUGAUUCAUCUGAUACACUUUUCUAUCAGAAAGAUUUCAGCUAUGACUCUGAUCUUAGUCAUUUCUUAAUGUUGCCUGUUUACAUGAGUACCUCAGCGUCUGCCGCCAGCUGUGGGUUAAUACUUACUGAAUGCAUUUCAAGUUUUAACAUGAAUCUAUGAAUCUAUGGGGUGUGUGUUUGACUGUAUUUUUGUCUUCAAAGAUCCUCAGUGUCCACUGUUUCAAAACAACGCAUUCCUCCUUUAAAUCAAGCACACUUCAACCUGUACAAGUGUUUCACAUCAGAUCUGAUGGCUUUGGCUGCUCCAUGUCAGGUUGCUGUCUUGUGUUUGUGUUCAUGAAGUCCUUUGUUUAUAUUUACUGUAUGUAUGUCUGGUUUACUCUUGUCAUUAUGAAUAUCAUGGAUUUUUAAUUUAUUGUGUAUGAUAAAAGCAUAUGUUUUUAGAAUAAAAAACUACUACAGAUACA